AUGACCUGCAGUAUAAUUUAUGCCUCCGUUUUGUUGGCAGGCAGCAAGCAGAGCGAAAGACUUGAAUUGAGUAAUAUGAAUAAAGCAUAUGGCCGUAACGAUCAGUGGAUUUCUCUUAUUAUGAGGUGUGUGAGUUCCGUUUCUUUUGCUGUGAUGUUGAAUGGAAAAGUUGGGUCUCAGUUUUGCCCUUCUAGGGGUCUCCGUAAUGGUACUAAUAUGAUCACUUACUAG